GCACAACUUUCCUCACACGCAAUCUUUUCAUCACCUAUAUCACAAGGCCAACCGUAAAGCUUCGUAUUUCCACUUCUCUCUCCCCUUCUGACUGUAAGUAACGCUUAACUGAUCUCAGUAUCAAGGUAGUGCAAUAUGGCUGACAAUGGUGGACAACAAAGUAUAAGAAGUUCGGGAAACUCUCAUGUUGUGCUCAAUGAAAGAAUUCUCUCUUCCAUGUCACGAAGAUCUGUUGCUGCUCAUCCAUGGCAUGAUCUGGAAAUUGGGCCAGGAGCUCCAGCAAUUUUCAACUGUGUGAUUGAAAUUGGAAAAGGCAGCAAAGUGAAAUAUGAGCUUGACAAAACCACUGGCCUUAUCAAAGUUGAUAGAGUUCUCUACUCAUCAGUAGUCUAUCCACACAACUAUGGUUUUAUACCACGCACCAUUUGUGAAGACGGCGAUCCCAUUGAUGUUUUGGUCCUGAUGCAGGAACCUGUACUACCUGGUACUUACCUCCGUGCACGUGCAAUUGGAUUGAUGCCCAUGAUAGAUCAGGGUGAAAAGGAUGACAAAAUAAUUGCUGUAUGUGCUGAUGACCCUGAGUUUCGCCAUUAUACAGACAUAAAGGAACUUCCGCCACACCGCCUUGCUGAAAUUCGCCGCUUUUUCGAGGAUUACAAGAAGAAUGAGAACAAGGCAGUUGCAGUAGAUGACUUUCUGCCUGCUGAAGCAGGAAUUGAUGCUAUCAAGUACUCCAUGGAUCUGUAUGCUUCCUACAUUGUUGAAAGCUUGAGGCAGUGAUUCCUCAAAGCCUUUUCAAGCAUUUUGUUGCUGCUUAACAAGAUUUGGCAAAAAAAAAAAAAGUGGAUAGUCUUCUUACAGUAUAACUGUCUAAUCUCAUAGCAGUUUUAUGUAUUCGGUUUGUCAUUUUGUCUUGGGGAGCAUUAUCUCGUGAUUACAGAAGCCUUUACAAAGGAUGGUAAAUAAGACACAUUAAACGGUUCUCUCUUGAUGUUAAAAUAAAAAUGGUUUCGUAAUGGCGGUUUGCUAUGAAAAUUUGCUGUUUCAUGUUGGGAAAGAGCUACUUACUAUGACUUAUUCAAAGCAAUGAAAUUUGAUUUUGGUGUUA